UCAACCUGGUGCUUCUUCUGUCAGUGGCAGCGGCAGCGGUGGCCGCAACAGGCUCCGUUCCAACUGAAGCAAAGCAACCCGACGUCAUCGAGCCUCCACCAGUACUACCUCCAUUCGACACAGAACUUCCCUGUAAUGUUACCCUGCCAGACGGAACAGUGGAAGAACUUUUCGAAGGAGACAUCAUCCUGACGGAAGAACAACGCGUCAAUCGCAAAGGUAACAUUUUUCAAACGUGGCCAAAUGGAAAUGUACCUUUUGUAAUCAAUGCUUCGUCUUCCAACGACAGACCCGUAAUCCUAGCAGCCAUCGCUGAGUGGGAGGCAGCAACGUGCAUCACAUUUGAAGAAAAGCCCGAAAGUUACAGCAGCGGGCCGCACCUGCGGUUCUUCCAGGGAACAGGAUGUUAUUCGUACGUUGGCAUGGUGAGCUCUAACAGCGGCCAAGAAGUCAGCAUUGGAAGUGGAUGUGCUUUUCUCGGUACUGUGAUACACGAGAUCGGCCAUGCCAUCGGGUUCUGGCACGAACAAUCUCGGACGGAUCGGGACUCCUAUGUCACUGUCAUUUAUGACAACAUUAAAAGUGGAUACGAACCCAACUUCUACAUCGCAUCAGCUUCACAAUCGCUUGGAGUUCCAUACGACUUGAGCUCCGUCAUGCACUAUGGUGGAUUUCAGUUCACUAAUAAUAGUUUUCCGACACUCGUCACCAACGACAUCGCUCAGGCGGGACUUAUUGGGAAUCGCGACGGUCUGUCACACCGCGACAAGCACCUGGCGAACCUGAUGUACCUCUGCGACGACAGCUGCUCGUCCCCGCCCACGUGCGCCAACGGCGGCUACGUGGACAGCAGCUGCACGUGCGUGUGUCCUCCGGGAACCAGCGGCACCACGUGCCAAACCGUCACCGGCACCUACUACGAGGCGCCGUGCGGCGACCAGGACAUCACCACGGCCGGCACCAUCACCUCGCCCAACUACCCAAGCAUAUACCCUCCCGGACAGCACUGUGUCUGGAUCGUCACCGCGCCCGCAGGUAUGCAGGUCCGCAUCGCCUUCGGCGCGUUCGGGAUCCUCUACCGCUCUGGUGGCAAGUGUCCCUUUGACUGGGUGACCGUGCAUACCGACAGCGACUCGAUCCCAGACUACGUCAACUGCGGCAUGGAGCUGCAGAACCAAAGCAUCACGUCGUCGGGCAGUCGCCUGGCCCUAGAGUUUCACAGCUAUCAAUACGGUAACUAUCCGUACUAUCAGAAAGGAUUCACUGCUAGCGUCACCUUCGUAUAAGGUAGAUGAUCGUCUCCAAAGAGAGGCUUCCGGAUAACUGAACCCUCGUUGAGUCAUGCUUCCAACAGAAGUGGACAUGUUUUGAGCUCAUGCGUGUUGUGACUUGAAAGUCUUUUUGGGCCGACCUAUGAUUGCGACUACCUACCUGUUUUACAUCGAUAUAUCACUGCUCCUUUUAUUCCGUUUCUUGUGGCUUGUAGUUCAGUUCAUGUGCUGCUGUGUGACGUUAUACCUAAGCUACGCUUCUGUUGCUGUUGAUGGGUUCUUACUUUGUUAGUUGUCUGCUUCAAAUAAACCAAACAAAAGCAAAUGUGCAUGUGUGGUUUUUAGGACAGUCCGUGCUACCAUCAUGACGUUCCAGACGAAAAACCGCCAUAGUUAUGACGAAGAGCUGAGAAGAGCAGUUGAUUUAGCUUCCUGAUACUAUCGGGAAAGUUAUCACUGAAAGAGUGCGCUAGCGCGACAUGUUGUGUUAUCGGACCACUAUCCAUUAGAUCUAAGUGACUUUCAGGACUAAGGCAACAUGACGAGGAAUAGCGGUCUUGAUCAGGCCCCAAGUCGUCUCCGGCGGUGGCUUCAGCGUUCGAACAUCAGGCUCUGUAUCCUCCCGGACAGCACUGUGUCUGGAUCGUCACCGCGCCCGCAGGUAUGCAGGUCCGCAUCGACUUCGGCGCGUUCAAGAUCUACGAUCCCUCUAACGGCAUGUGCCCUUGGGACUUGGUGUACGUACACACUGACAGCGACUCGAUUCCGGAUCUCUUCAAAUGCGGCACCGAGCUACAGAAUCAAACCAUCACAUCGUCCGGCAGGCGUCUGGCUCUGGAAUUCUACUCCUAUCGCUACGGCGACCCGUCUCUUCAGACAGGAUUCUACGCCGAUGUCACUUUCGUCUAAGGCAGAAAAUGGUCAGCAGUGAACGACUUCCUGAUGAAUAGGCCAGUCAUGCUUCCAACAGAAGAGGCUGCGUUUUGGCCUGGGCUUUUGCGUGGGUUGACUGGGAAUUCUUAUUUGGACCGACAUAUGAUUGCAAGUUUUUGUUUGAGAUCCUAUCAGUUUCCCUUUUGUCUUGUUUGGUGUGGUAGGUACUUUAGCUCGUGUGCUGCUAUGCUAGACGUUUGGCGAUGUUUCUGUGGCAGUUGGUGGCUUCUUACUUUGUUGUUUGCCUACUUCAAAUAAAA